AAACUUGCUUCUAAAUUCAUGUCCACUAUGGCUAAAUUUAAUCCCAAAAUUGACCCUAAGACUACGGCUAUUCUCCUCUGUGAUAUUCAAGAAAAAUUUAGACCGCAUGUUUAUGAGUUUACCAGUGUAAUAUCAACCGCUAAAAAAAUGGCCGAAGCAGCAAAACUUUUGGAUAUUGAUGUAAUCGUCACUGAACAGAGUCCAAAAGCUCUUGGAAAAACAGUUGGUGAGAUUGAUACUAGUGGUUUCAAACCACCCGUAGAAAAAACAAAAUUUUCAAUGUAUACCGAAGGAACGAAAGAUGUCUUGGAUGAUAAAAGUUCUGUCGUACUUUUGGGAAUUGAGGCUCAUGUGUGUGUGUUACAAACAGCAUUAGAAUUAUUGGGGAAAGAUAAAGUUGUUUACGUGUUGCAAGAUGGUAUCUCUUCUAUUAACGCGCCAGAAAUCGAUAUUGCAUUGCAUCGUAUGAAUCAUGCAGGAGCCGCAGUUACGACGUCAGAAUCAGUUUUGUUUCAAUUGUUAGGUGACGCUAAGGAUGAUAAAUUCAAAAGUAUUUCAAAUUUAGUAAAAGAAUAUAAAGAAGCCACUAAAAGCAAUAAAUUGCUUUAUAGAGCAAGAUCCCAUUAUUAAUUUAAUUUUGAUUGUUAUGACUUGUGAUUUGUAUUUAAACCAAUAAAAUCAUGAUAUUUUGGCAUUCCUAUUACCCGCAAAUUAUAAAUUGGUGCCUUAAUACCGUUACAAAUUUCCUAUCAUACUAUCAUAUGAAUUUUAGCCUUUCUCUUAUGUAACCAAAAACAGUGCACGUGCAAUAUAUUUUAAUAUAUUU